AUGAAUAGUUUGUAUCUCAAAUGGCGAUUAGGGCAACUUGAUGACGUGAGGUUCCGUCAAGUAGUGGUGGACAGUGAACUUCAAAAAUUACAAGAAGCAUCUCCCGUGGCCUAUUCUCACCGUAGGGCAACGCUUCCAAUUGGUGUUACGUGCCUUGCUUUGGAUAGUCAGGGUCAAACGCUUUUGUCUACGGGCGAAGAUGGCAGCGUUGCGCUGUGGGGUCUUGACGAGGCCAGUAGCCAAGGUGAUCUCUGCAACAAGCGGCUAAAUUUCAUUAGAGGCGAUAUUGGUGAAAAGGAGGAAGACUUGUCACGGUUCCACAUUGUGCCUCGAGCGUCGGAAACGUCGGCAAAUGGCCGAUCUCCCAAAUUUCGAUCCUCUGUUGUUUCGGCCAGAACCAAUUCUCAAAUGCAUGCCGCGUCCGCGCAUGACAGACAGAGAUUUCAUAAGCAUUCAAUCUCCUCUGUUCAAUGGUAUGCGGCCGACAAUGGACUUUUCUUCACCGGAAGCUCUGAUCACAGCCUUAAGAUCUGGGAUACUAACUCAUUUGAAGUCGUGCAUUCGUUCGAUGUCGAAUACCGCAUCUCGCAGAUCGAUACGCGCGAUGACCUCAUUGCAGUAGCCAGCGAGAACUCGCACCCAAGGCUCGUUGACUUGAAAUCCAUGAGUGCAGCCAUUACGCUUGGUGUGAGAACGAAGGGAAUGCGAUCUGGUAUCAACACCGCUAAAUUCUCUCGCGGUUCACAGCUGCUGGUUGCAACCGGCGACGAUAGUGGUCAGGUCCGCGUGUGGGACUUACGGAAAAGUAAUCAAGUGGUUUGCGAUGUGAUCGAGCAGGAUUCAAUGGUUAAACCGCAUGCGCAAUGUUGCAACGACAUUUGUUGGAAUCCAGAGGGCAAUUCUCAACUUAUAACGACCGGAAACGACGGUAAAUGCAAACUUUGGUCUAUCUUGUCAGGCCGAAGCAGACUCGAGCGUCAGUUGGGCACCACAGAUCCACACAGAAAUCGGUUUCGGCGGCGCACAUCACAAUACUUGAUGUGGCACGACCGUUACGUAUUUUGGAACAGUGAUUAUGGGGAGAUCUUAGUUCUACAGAGUGACGACGGAAAAUUAAGAGGUUCAUUCGACUAUCCGCUAGGCGGUACGCAAAAGGUCGUGAGCCCGCGGUUCCAAAGCAUGGCACUACAGUCAAACUUAAGUAAUGGUCUGGGAAUGAGACUUUUUGCAGGCACUGAUCAUCAUCAUGGCAAGAUUUUGGAAUUCAAAGUUUAG